AUGUCUGCUGAAGUUGCUUCACAACCAUUGAAGUAUCAGACGUGGCUCUUGAAAGUUUCUAUCCACUGUGACGGUUGCAGGAGGAAAGUAAAGAAAGUUCUACAGAGCAUUGAUGGUGUUUUUACUACAACAGUCGAUGCACAACAGCAUAAAGUAACAGUCACUGGAAGUGUUGGUGUUGAGAUCCUGAUAAGGAAACUGGUCAAAGCUGGAAAACAUGCUGAGAUUUGGCCGGAGAAUCUCGCCGGGAAGGGAAAGACCUCAUGCAAAGCGAAGAAGAAUAACGAACAAAGAGACCCAGAAAGCAAGGAAAAACAUUCUGCUACUAAUGCCAAAAAAAACCUCAUCUCUGGCAAAAGCAGGGGGAUUGAAAGUGCUGACAAAUAUAAUAAUGAAAGCAAUAUCAGCAACUCAAAAACUGGCGGCAGCUCGCCGGAAAAUUCUCCGCCAGGUGGUCUGGCUCCGGAACCUGACCGCAAGGGUGGUAAAAGUGAAGGAGGAACCGGAAAAAGUGGUGGAGAGGGUUCUGGUAAAAGGAAGAAAAAGAAAGGUCAGAGUGGUGGGAGUGGAAGCAAUGGGUUGAGUUCAGCAUCCACCAGUGCACCUGCACACACUGGAUUCCAAUUCCAGUGUCCUGACGAAGUUGUGGGCCAGGUGAAUCUAAGCCCCACACGUCAGCAAUCAUACCCGUAUCCAGUAACAUAUUAUCCUCCUUUGGUCUAUUUUGCAACUUACAACAGAUUAUGUCCCAUGGGAACAAUGGGUGGUCCUUCUUACUAUGUUCCACCGUCACCCUACAUGUAUGCAGGCAUGGAUCAAUAUCCUUGUCAAAUGCAAUCUACACCGUUGGUUUCCUUCGAGAUCUUCAGUGAUGACAAUGCUAAUGGGUGUUCUAUUAUGUGA